UAACAAAAAAUCACCAAUGCGUGAUGGAAGCAAAACCUCAUAUAACAUUCCCCAUGAAGCAAGCAUCCCUCCUCUGAGCUAUGAACAAACCUUCGACAUUUUCUUUCUCUUUUCAGCUUAUGUUUUUUUCCCUCUCUUUUCCUUUCUAAUUCUUCCUUUUCUGACUAGAGAGCCAUGUACCCUUCAUCUUCGUCUCAACAACCCGUGGGCCAAACAGGAUUAACCCGUUACGGCUCAGCCCCGGGUUCCCUUCUUACCACCGCCGUUAAUUCCGUUAUAGGAGCUGGUUCUAACCUCGUCAGCCACUACUUCUCCGCUCACUCAUCGUCAUUAACAUCGGAGUCAACUUGUAAAGUCAGCUCAUCCAACCACCCACAAGAGCCUAAAUCUGCUGCUCCUCCUCCCCAUGGAUCUUACCCUGCACCUUCUUCUUCCUCUUUGCUCAGACAACGUAGCUCUCCCGCUGGUUUCCUACACCUCUCAACCGAAAACGGUUUUUCUGUUACAAGGGGCACCAGAAAUUAUAGCUCUCAAGGUGCUAAUCGUGGCCAUGGAGUGUCAAGAUUGAAGUCUCAAUUGAGCUUCACAAGACAAGAUUCUCUUUCUCAGAUAUCUGAAGUCAGUGAGGAUCUUGUUGAUGGUGUUAGCUCUAGCAGUAACCAUCAAAAUGCUGCACAUCCAUUUGCUGCUGCUGGCUUUGGAAUGGAUUCCUGGGAUCAUACAAAUUCCAUUGUGUUUUCUGCCCCACCAUGCAAGAGGGCUAAAAAUAUUGAUGGCGAUAGUUAUAACUGUCUAAAAGCCUUGGAAACUCAGGUUAGUAUGCCACAAACGACACUUGAGAUGGCUACAGUGGAAAAGCUGCUACAUAUUCCUGAACAUUCUGUGCCCUGUAAAAUCCGAGCCAAGCGUGGCUGUGCUACUCACCCUAGAAGCAUUGCUGAAAGAGAGAGAAGAACAAGAAUAAGUGGGAAGCUGAAGAAAUUAGAACAGCUUGUUCCUAACAUGGAUAAGCAAACGAGCUAUGCAGACAUGCUUGACUUGGCUGUGCAGCAUAUUAAACGCCUUCAAAAUGAUGUUCAGGAACUCCACAAAGAACUCGAAAGUUGUACGUGCGGCUGCAAACAUGGCUCAUGAUGCUUGAUGGCUAUGUCUAAGGAGCCCAGC